AUGAUCAUGCCAGUCAAUGGACAGUCGACCGCCAUCUUUCAUCGCUCCCUGAACAAGGAGUAUGACACGGCUUCCAGUGGGAGCGGCGUGUACAUUGUGCACUCUGAUGGGUCCCGAACAUUAGAUGGCAGCAGCGGCGCCGCCGUGUCGUGUCUCGGGCACGGCCAUCCCGUGGUGAUUGAGGCAAUUGUGCAACAGGCGCGCAAACUGGCCUUUGCCCAUUCCUCCUUCUUCACCAGCGACCCGGCAGAACAACUGGCACAGCUCUUGAUCGAGCAAAGUGCCGGAGCAUUCACCAAGGUGAUGUUUCUGAGUUCUGGCUCGGAAGCAGUCGAAUCAGCCAUCAAAAUGGCCAGACAGUAUCACGUCUCCAGGGGCGAGGCUGGGCGCGUCAACUUCAUCUGCCGGGAGUACGCAUACCAUGGCAACACGCUCGGAGCCCUGUCGGCCGGAUUCAACCCGCCCAGACGACAGGCCUUCGAACCGCUGCUGUCUUCGGCCUUCCACCACGUCUCUCCUUGCUUCUUCACCCGAGAUGCCAAGGCGGAGGAGGACGAGGAGGCGUACGUGGAUCGCCUGAUGGCCGAGUAUGAGGAGAUGUUUGACACGCUCGGCCCCUCCUCCGUGGCUGCGGUCUUGAUCGAGCCCAUGAGCGGAGCAACCCUGGGGGCAGUGCACGCUGCACGAGGAUAUCUCGCCCGGCUGCGGGACUUGUGCGAUACACACGGGGCCCUGCUGAUCUUCGACGAGGUCAUGUGCGGAAUGGGCAGGCCCGGCACCCUGCAUGCCUGGCAGGCACUCGGCAAUGUGGCGCCCGACCUGCAAACCAUCGGCAAGGGCUUGGGCGCCGGAUACCAGCCCAUCUCGGCCGUCUUGGUCGGGUCCAAGGUUCACCAGGUCAUGCAAUCGUCGCAAUCCAGCCAUCCCUUCAUCAGCGGCCAUACCUACCAGGGCCACUCGAUCGGUUGCGCCGCCGCCUUGGCUACCCAGCAGACCAUCAUCCAUGACAAUCUGCUGGCCAAUGUCGUCCGCAUGGGUGAGCUGUUGGACCGAGAGCUCCGCGAGCAGGUGCCCAUGCUGAAGGAGAUCAGGGGCUUAGGCUUGUUCAAGGCGGCCGAGUUCGCCACCUCGCCGACCUGUCGGAUCGCCGCCGACGUCGCACGCACUUGCUUCUCCAAAGGUGCAGCAGUCUAUCUGUGCUCGCCGGCCGUGGACGCCAUCGUGUUUGCUCCUCCAUUCAUCAUCAAUGAGCGAGAGGUGAAGGAGCUGGUGAAGAUCGUGGCGGAUUCCACAAAGGACGUGCUAGAAGAGCAACGAAUGAACAGCGUCAAGUGA